UGUAGCUCAAGAGCAAAAUUAUUCUACAAUAAUUUUAUAAGAGGUCUGAAGAUUUUUUCGACAUUUUUCUAUAAGAGGUCUGUCCGCUCAAGAUGUUCAAAAUUUAGUUAUUUUUUGAUAUCCGAUAGUUGCCGAGUGUAGGAGAGAGAUGGGUGGUUUCAAUAGGCUGAAAUAGACUUUACUCAUUUAGAUUGAAUUUAUUGUAUAUUUUACAGAAAAACAAAUUCUAUAAAAAAGUUUAUGCGUUUUAUUCAUAAUGUCUGCUUUCCGAUCGAUGCUGGUACUGAAACAGAUCAAGGUAAAAGUUUGAAUAAGAAUUUUCAAAUCUAUGCAAAAAAUUUUGCUCAUCAAUGAGGUACUUACCCCUUAUUCAAUCUAGAUCACAGUCUGGACAGAUAUUCUGCGUCACCACCUGGUAGAGACGAGUCCUACAGUCCUGACAACUCGAUGCAGAUGCAAUAUUCCAAUACUCUGUUCUAUGCUUUCGCACCGCUGUGAGCUUCUCGAACAUUUCACCUCCAGCCCCGAGAACACAGAGACACCACACAAUUUUUCGCCACGUUCGGUGCGGUAAUAUACCGAGACAAUGCACACUCUCGAUUUUUCACUCAAAUUCAGUUUUUCUUCUUCAGUGAAUGUACACCACACUUUUUCAUAUACAUCAUGUGUUGAAUCACAUUCACUGACUGUAUGUCUCGAAUGUUUGAAGCAGGUAACACGUCAACGCUUCAUACAUUGGGGCGGCGGAGUAUCGAAUGAUUGUGGAUUAAUAUGGCGAGAAAUCGCGAGCGCAUUCGGAAAUCGCUUGUCAACCGGGGCUGUAAUUAAUCAUGAUCAUAUCGACCCACGGAAGUUCUUACUGGAUGCAUUUGAACUUGUUGAAAAACAAGUGAGUGCUCAUAUACGCAAGUAUAACAGCAUCAAAGUGAACACUUCGUUCAAUGGAAAGUUCAGCGUGGGUGAUAAGCGGGCGAAUAAAAGUAUCAACACGGGAAAUGUUGAACUUUUUACAAGAUCGGAUCUGAGAGAGUGGUAUCAGAAGCGAGUCGUGGAGCCAACUCUGAAAUCGCUCGAGGAGUUCCAGGAGAGUGACAGUGGCUGGACCCUAACAUCAAUAACCAAUCUAACAGUGAACAUUAACAAGUACAAUGCUUUGCGUGCGGGAUGUCACAUUCCAUUGGGGAAACGCAUACUCUUGAAGAAAGCAGUCGUGAAUGUGAAAUCACGAGAUAAUGCGUGUUUCGGAUGGGCAAUGACUGCUGCACUUCAUCCAGCAGAAAAAAACAGUGAUCGCAUAUCUUCAUAUCUGCAUUAUUCGACGAUAUUUAAUCUCCAAGGCAUCAACUUUCCUAUGACGUUGGAUCAAAUUGAGAGAUUUGAAAAAUUAAACAAUCUCUCAAUCAAUGUGUACAGCGAGAAGAAGGAUGUGAUUCUGCCAGUGCGGGUGAGCAAGGAGAAGAAAGAGCAACAUGUCAACUUGCUUUACGUCGAAGACGUGUCAGAAUGUGGAAUUGGACACUUUGCUUACAUCAAGAAUUUAUCUCGGUUCGUCAACUCAUAACUCAAUGCUGAUGGACACAAGAAAUUCAUCUGUGAUCGAUGCCUCCAUUACUUCGCAACUAUCGAAAAGCUGCAGUCACAUGAGGUGGAUUGUGGCGUACUCAACGAUUGUGCUAUUCGACUACCGGGUGAAAACGACAAAUGGCUGGAAUUCACGAACACCAAUCGGAAGGAGCGUCUCCCGUUCGUGGUAUACGCCGAUCUCGAGUGUAUCUUGGAGAAGACCAGCGCUGAAGAGAGAGAGAAAAACAAGAUCCAACAUCAUCGCGUCUUUAGCGUUGGAUAUUAUGUAAAGUGCUCUUACGAUGAUUCACUAUCGGGAUAUCACGAGCGCCGAGGUGAGGACUGUGUGGAAUGGUUCGUCGAAGAACUUAAACAAUUAGCUUUGCGCGUUGAAAAAAUUCUCCUAACGAACGUUCCAAUGAAACAAUUGACUCCGCAAGAGUGGAAGAAAUUUCGGGAAGACAA